GUGUGGGUGGAUUGCUCAUGUAAGUUCACGUCAUGCAUGAUUGAUUCCCUUUUCUUUUUCCUUUCUUUUUUCUUCUUUAACAACGUUGUAUCAUACUUGUGAACCCAUUUGUUCGGUUUCCCAAAUGACAUGUUUUCCACAUGCCAAUCCAAAAGUCUGGCCCGAUCUUGCUGAGUAACAGACAGUGGAACACGCAGGUGAAUUUGGUGGACUCUCGGCAAGUCGCAUGCACCAAGCAAAUAAGUCCACACAAAGACGGCAACCCAUCGUCUCUCGUGUCCACACGAGCACACCGUUCUCUCUCUCUCUCUCUUCUCCUCAGUCAAUCUUUGUCGAUCGAAAUCCUUCCCACCCGACGCCCCGACCCUUCGCCGGAGCCUCCCAAUCGGGAUUUCUAGGGUUCCCCCCCUCCCCCGGAUUCGUCCUCAACCUCAUUGCGAUUUCGUUCCGUCGAUCGGGCCGUCAUGUGCUCGUCCGGCACGGGUGAGAGGAUCGGAUGGAGGAGUGUAGUGCUGAUCUCGACUGCUUGAUUUGCCGAUUCUCCUGAAAAUCAGAUUGAUAUGGUGCACCUUUUCGGGUAGUAUUUACUACUCCUUUUUAGGCAGUAUUGAUGAGGCAAAAGAGGAAAGGGAGUGAAGCCGAUGCGUCUACUCAGCUGCCGGAACUUUCGAGAUCUCCCCAUGAUUUGCAGUCGUCAAAUCUGAGGUCUCAUUAUUCAUUGGACGAUUAUACGAGGCUGAAGAAGAGGCGCAAAGAAGAUGCGGGCACGGAACCUGUCGCUUCCUGUAAAAGUAAGCUGGCGAGCAUCACCACAGCUCCGCCUUGCGGCAGCUCGUCCUUGGUCGCUCCUGGGAGAGGUUUAAAGAGGAAGAUAGGAUGUAUAGACGUUGCUACCGGAAUGGGUCGGAAGAAAAAGAUUGAGGAUGAUUACAUUUCAGGUGACACAAUUGGCCAAGGAAAAUUUGGUUCUGUUCGGCUCUGUAGGUCUAAGAUUAGUGGUGAGGAAUUUGCCUGUAAGACUUUGAAGAAGGGGGUGGAUUUAGUUCACCAGGAAGUGGAGAUAAUGCAGCAUUUAUCAGGACAUCCGGGGGUUGUAACGUUGAAGGCAGUGUAUGAGGAGCCAGAAUCUUUUCACCUGGUGAUGGAGUUAUGCUCUGGGGGACGUUUGAUUGAUCAGAUGAAGGAAGGUCCUUUUUCAGAGCAGCGGGUUGCAAAUAUAUUCAAGGAGGUGAUGCUUGUCAUCAAAUAUUGUCACGAAAUUGGUGUCAUUCACAGAGAUAUCAAGCCCGAAAAUAUCCUGCUUACAACCUCAGGAAAGUUGAAGCUUGCAGAUUUUGGACUGGCCAUGAGAUUCUCUUCUGGUCAGAGCUUAACAGGUUUGGCAGGAAGUCCCGCUUAUGUUGCUCCAGAAGUUCUGAUUGGGAAUUAUUCUGAGAAAGUUGAUAUAUGGAGCGCGGGUGUCCUGCUACAUGCACUCUUGGUGGGCGCUCUUCCCUUUAAAGGUGACUCAAAAGCAGUCUUUGAGGCAAUCAAAAGUGUGAAGCUUGAUUUUCAGUCAGGCAAAUGGCAGUCUGUGUCCAAACUUGCUCGUGAUCUGAUUGCAAGAAUGCUGACAAGAGAUGUUUCUGCUAGGAUAACUGCAGAGGAAGUAUUAAGGCAUCCUUGGAUAUUGGUCUUCACUGAGUGCACAUUGAAAUCUUUGUCCUUUAAAUCAAAACUAAAGAACCAAGUGGCAGCUUCCUCUGUGCAAGUGUCUGCUGCGCCUGGCCUCGAGCAAUGUGGAAGCAGAGUAUGCUCUGGUUCUGCCAACAGAGACUCAACACUUCCAUCACCCCCUAGUCCGAGCUGCAAGCCCGAGGAGACUGAUGAAUGUGUUUUUGUGGAUGCCCUUUCAGUUGCUAUCUCACAAGUUAGGAUUUCAGAGCCAAAGAGGAGCAGGCUGUGAAGUCCCACAGACCCAAUAGAGCAACAGUGCUCGUCUAACAUGAGGUCUAAUACACUGUAAAGCUUUCUGAUCUGCUGACCGACUAAUGACAUCAACUUGGUCAUCUCCAUUGCUUCUAAGUUGGGAAUAAGUUCUGUCUGUGUUCCAUCUGCGUCUGGCAUAAUCUCCCGGGACCAAGUGAUGACAAUAACCAGCUGAUUUCGGUGGAAUUGGAAUAGUUGGCUCUGGAUCCUGAAAAUAUGCUAAGUAACUUUUAUUCUUUUAUGCAUUUCAAUAAUGGUCUGAAACACUAACCAUGUGGACUGAUGGAAUCAUUGUACAGAGAAUGUAAAUAGUUUGAGUACUGUGCUUUUCCCUCCCAAGCCAGCUUUCUCCUUACCUUAGGAAGAAAAAAGGACUGCUGCCUCUGAAGGUCGUGUUUUUUAUGUCUCUAUGUAGGGCUCUUUCAACC